CAGGCUCAAUAAUCUAGCGCGGAGAGAAAGAACUGUGGUGCCGCUGAAGAUGGCUCUAUCGAGAGGGCUGCGGUGCUGCCAGCGUAUUUUCUCUUGGAUCCCAGUGAUUAUUAUUACUAUGGUGAUGUUGUGGUCCUAUUAUGCGUAUAUUUUUGAACUCUGUCUGUUUACUAUCACCAACGGUUUUGAAAAAGUGGCCUACCUUGCAGUUUUUCAUGUCUGUUUUGUAAUGUUUGCGUGGACAUAUUGGAAGUCUAUUUUUACACCACCUUCUCAGCCAUCAAAACAGUUUCAUAUGUCCUACUCUGACAAAGAGAGAUAUGAGAAUGAGGAGAGGUCUGAAGUACAGAAGCAAAUCCUGCUGGAUAUAGCCAAGAGGUUACCAGUGUAUACCCGAGCAGCAUCUGGAGCUGUCAGAUUUUGCGAUCGGUGCCAGGUGAUUAAACCGGACCGCUGCCAUCACUGUUCUCUCUGUGAAUUGUGUGUGUUGAAAAUGGAUCAUCACUGCCCUUGGGUGAAUAACUGCAUUGGUUUUUCGAACUACAAGUUCUUUCUGCUGUUCCUGACAUAUGCCAUGGUGUACUGUUUGUUCGUUGCCUCCACUGUUUUGCAGUACUUCAUCAAGUUUUGGGCAGGUGAGCUCCCAAAUGGCCAUGCCAAGUUCCACGUCUUGUUCUUGUUCUUUGUGGCUGUCAUGUUCUUUGUGAGUCUCAUGUUCCUGUUUGGCUACCACUGUUGGCUCGUCGCUAAAAACAGAUCCACGCUGGAGGCUUUUCAAUACCCAACUUUCCAUAACGGACCUGACAAAAAUGGCUUCAACCUUGGGUUUUCAAAAAAUCUGCAACAGGUGUUUGGGGAAGAUAGAAAAUAUUGGUUUAUACCGACGUUUACCAGCCUUGGCGAUGGUCAUUUCUUCCCCAUGAGGUUUCUGAGCGAAUCCCGAAAUCCUCUGUUGGCCAGUGAAGAGCAGUGUGAGGAUGGGGGAUCGGAUGAAGAAAACUACAUUCUGCGAAGAGGAGAUCCGUCAGUCACUAUAGAAAUGGACACAUAGCAAGCUGUGGGGUUUGCUGAUUUCCUACUACAGGACUGCAGAUUACUAGUGAGAAUCCCCCUCCACCCCAAGGACCAGGAAUCGAGUUACUGUUGUGUUUUCUGGAUAACCACAUUCCGUCUUGCUGGAUUUGAAAACAGUAACGCUUCUUUUUUAAUAUAUAUCAGAUCUUGUUUUGUAAUUAAACAUUGAUGAUGGGAACAUACCAGCUAUUCCAGGGUAAGGGCUGUGUCCGACAGGAGCUGGGGAAUCUAUCAUACUUCCCGCUGUGCCUUUCAGGGACACAAAAUGAUUCCAAUGUGUGGCACAGUACUGCUCAAGGUGAUUUUAAAUGAAACCAAUGAACAUUUCUGCAGUAGGCACUGGGUAUAACACACUGGUUUGUUUACAGUAGGAUUAUAUGCUUUACUUAUUGAAUGAAUAUGGUUUUCUAAAAACAAACUCCCUCUAAUUUUGAUGAUUCCCCUUUGUGUGCAGUGGGUUAUUGUUGAUACAUUAGCUGAAUGUUUAUCUUUUUUUAGCUUCCAGUGGGAUUACACUGACUGUCUGUCUCAGUGCUAGUGAACUUUAGGACAUACGAGGGACAUUUUCUUGCAUUCUGGUUAGAAAUACGGAUUCUUCUUAAUUCCAUUGUAAAACUAAAUGCCUUCCCUUUUAUUAAAUUAAUUUGUAAAAGAGAUGCAACAAAAGUCACUUGACCAUUUACUGGAGGGAAUACGUAUGUAGCAACGGGUAACAAUGGGAAGGAGGAUGGUGUGGUUGAGUCACAGGGAGCUCUGUUGAGCAUUGUCUUAAUUCUUAAGACACCGUUGGCUCCUGCCCAGUUCAAUCUUUUCCCCCUGAUGUACCUGUCGAGUUAUGAGACUUGUAUUACUGACACUAAUUUUAGAAAUCCUAAAAGAAGACCAAGACUUCUUGUCGAAAUUAUCAUGUUUCUUUUAGUAUUUCGAAAUUCAACACUUUUGAGUAUUUAACAGUUAUGUAUAUGAUGACAGAGUAUCUUUGUAUGUAUCCUGAUACCUUGUACUUGGUUAUAAAAUCUUAAAAAUGUGCAACAUUAUUACUGCCCUUUGUGCUGUACUAUAUAAAAUAACUAGGCUUUUUUUAUUACAGUAUCCUGUUCCCCUGCAGCACUGCCCCCAGUGGACAUAAGAUGUAUCACAUUUGUUUUGUGUGGUAUUUCUACAUGUUAUUGUUAUAUCCACUAGGGGCAGGUGGAGCAGGUUAAUGGGUACACUCUGGUGUACCAGUUGUAGAUAGAGAGAAUACUCUAAAGAGGUUUUACAAAUCUCUGGGAUGUGAUGACUAUAUAAAAGUGGCUCUAAACAAAAGGAAGAUUACAUUGAAAUGUCAUGCCUGCACCACAUCGAAGGUCUGAUUUUAGUUAAUUGGAGUAAAUCUGACCUACAGAACAGGAAAAUGUUCUCAUGCACAUCUGCAUUGAACUAAAUAACCACAAUAUAUUCCAUACAAAAAGAGGAGGCAGUGAUAGUGUUGCUGGUGAAAGUAACAUUGGGAAAUUGUUGUUACAGCUUUGCUAAUCAUUUGGUAUUACUUUAAAUGACUUUCGGUUCUGUACUAACAAAAGCUAUGUUAAGAAUCAAUAUCGUUUUUACUGAAUUUGAUAUGCUGUAUUUAAGGCACAGGACUCCAAUAUAUUUAUGUGAAACAGAACUGUGUUGUACUGAUGUGUAUGCAGUGAGGAUAUCUAAAGAAUAGUUUCACCAGCUCUCCAAUGUAAAGAAUGUAGUUUACCGUUAUUUUUUUAUAUAUAUUUAAGAAGGCUGUUAAGGUGUUGAUAAAAAUCAGCUGUGUCAUUUUUUGUUGUUGUUUUGAUUUUGUAUGUCAAUUAUCAUUAUUACAAAAAAAAAAAAAAACAAUAUGAGCUGAGCUCUCAAUUCAAUUACUGUACAAGUUUGAAGCUGUAUUGUUACAUAGAAAGCAAUUAUCACAUUCUGUAGCAAAGGCAACUAAAGCCAUUAGCACUACUGGCAGGUGUCCUUGUAAUUUAGUUUCCAAACAAUAAAAAAAAGAAUAAAAACUUAGAGGAGAGAGAUUUAUUUAUUUCUGAAUAUACAGCAGGUAUUCUCCUGCCUUGUUUGCAUUGUUUACAGUAUUGACUGAUGUUGUUCAUGAAGAUGUUGUGAUAUCACACAGUGGCUAAAGGACCAGUAUUCUAUGAACAAGUGUUAAAAAUGCUGCCUUCUACAAAAACGUAGCUUCUCAGACUUGAACGGUCUGAUCCAAAAUACUUGCUAUCCCUCUCCAUUUUAUGAUGGUUCUU